UCCUCUCCUCUCUCUCACAAUACAUGGUGUAGCCCACAGAGACCCACCACUCUCAAAGGCCAAAGCUUUUUCUUCCUUUUCCCCUCUCUGUCUCUCUCCACACAUUUUAGGAGAGGUGGCCACACUCUUUAUCUCUCGCUACUGUAGUGCUCUUUUUGCAUUACAUUUGCCAAAGCAAAACCCUAAAGUUCCGAUCUUUGCAACUUCAGGUACUAUUUUUGGGCUUCUUUUUCUAAUAUUUCUAUGCUUUUUGGGUGGUCCUGCGAUUUGCUUUGUGGGUUUGCAGUUGUAUGCCCUCCACUUUGUAUUUUAGCAAAUGGGUCUUUGUGGGGUUUUAGAUCCUAUCGUUUGGUAGGGUUUUCAUCAGAAGAGGUGGGUCUUUGCUCAAGAUCUGUGCUUUUCAUUGACCCUUUCUCGUGUCUAUCUUUAUCAGUUUGUUCUUAUCCUUUGAUAUAUGUGGUGUUUGGAAAUUACCAAGAGAUAUUUAGAAAACUGCAUUUCGCAUGUAGUAUUUUUUCUUUUUAGUUUCUUUUCCUGCAAUCGUUGAUAUUAUAAAGCUUGACAGUUUUCUUGGUGGUGGAAAAAUUUGCAAUUUGAGAUCUGUUCGUUGGUGGAGUUGGGGAUGAGUAAAAAUAUGGCGCGGCCAAUGGAGAGAGCCAUCUAUUAAAUCCGGAGGAUGACUAUGGGGGUUGUCCAUUCUGAUUAGUUUAGCCUGUUUGAGUCUUUUUCAAUGGCCUCUAAAUCUUGUGUGAGAACUUCUCCUGAGAAACAAGGAAAACCGACUGGUAACCAGACAUUAGAAAGAAACUCUUGCAGUCCAGUACCUCUGCCGGUUUCAAAGACAAGUAAAGCAGAGGCUGAUGCAUCAAAAAGCUUUCCAAGAAGUGUGCGUCAUACUGCACCCAAGCAGGUAAACAAUGAAGCAACGGAGGAAAUGAAAUCACUGAGUUCUCACCAAAAGGGGUCUUCCAAUGAUUUAGAUCGUAAAUUUAAUUCAAGCUUAUCCUUGGUUGAUCCGAAACAAGUAUCAACAAAUGUAAGUCCUGCAGUCAAUGACUUUAUGGGAUCACUUGAUGGUGGAGCUUAUCUGGAAAAGAAAUCAUCGGAUCAUGCAACUGUAAAGGAUAGCUCAACUGCUGCCAAAGUUAGCGAUGGGACCAAUAGCCUUGCAAAGACUAGUGGAAGUGCUAAAAAUAGCGAUCGAGCUGAUUUUGUUGAGAGUGGAAAGAGCAGCUUGUGCAGAGGUAGCACAAGCAGUGACGUAAGUGAUGAAAGUACUUGUAGCAGCUUUAGUAGCAGUAUUAACAAACCUCACAAGGCAAAUGACUCAAGGUGGGAAGCCAUCCAAGUUGUUCGAACAAAAGAUGGUGGAUUAGGUUUGAGCCAUUUCAGAUUGCUAAAGAGGUUAGGCUGUGGGGAUAUUGGAAGCGUCUAUCUGUCAGAGUUGAGUGGCACUAAGAGUUAUUUUGCUAUGAAGGUUAUGGACAAAGCAGCAUUAGCGAGCCGUAAGAAGCUGCUUCGCGCUCAGACAGAAAGAGAGAUACUGCAGUGUUUGGACCAUCCCUUCCUUCCCACAUUAUACAGUCAUUUUGAGACAGACAAGUUCUCAUGUUUGGUGAUGGAGUUUUGCCCAGGAGGCGACUUGCACACACUUCGGCAGAGGCAGCCGGGAAAGCAUUUUUCUGAACAAGCUGUUAAGUUUUAUGUAGCAGAGAUCCUCCUUGCGAUGGAAUAUCUCCAUAUGCUAGGGAUAGUCUACCGAGACCUCAAACCGGAAAAUGUACUUGUGAGGGAAGAUGGACACAUAAUGCUUUCCGACUUUGACCUCUCUCUCCGCUGCACCGUCAGCCCGACACUAGUCAAAUCCACAUCUGUUGACAUUGAACCCUUGAAGAAGAACCCCGUUUAUUGUGUCCAACCAGCUUGCAUUGAACCCUCUUGUAUCCAGCCCUCAUGUGUACUUCCAACAACAUGUUUCACUCCUCGCUUCUUCUCAAGCAAACCCAAGAAAGACCGGAAACCCAAGACCGAAAUCGGAAACCAAGUCACACCGUUGCCCGAGCUCAUGGCGGAGCCGACCGGUGCCCGUUCAAUGUCCUUUGUCGGGACUCAUGAGUACUUGGCACCAGAAAUCAUUAAAGGCGAAGGGCAUGGAAGUGCGGUGGAUUGGUGGACAUUAGGUAUCUUUCUGUACGAAUUAUUGUUUGGUAAAACACCUUUCAAGGGAUCCGGCAAUCGGGCCACACUUUUCAAUGUUGUGGGUCAGCCAUUGCGGUUCCCAGAGUCCCCUGUAGUUAGUUUUGCUGCAAGGGAUCUGAUAAGGGGUUUGCUAGUGAAAGAACCGCAGCAUAGGUUGGCAUACAAACGAGGAGCAACAGAGAUAAAACAACACCCUUUCUUUGAAGGUGUGAAUUGGGCUUUGAUCCGUUGUGCAAGCCCACCCGAGAUCCCGAAGCCUGUUGAGAUUGAACGAAUUCCGGGCCCAGCAGCAUCAACAAGCGAAAAAGCUGCUGUCGUAGCUAAUGCUGAUCAGAAAAGUUCCGACAAUUAUCUUGAAUUCGAUUUCUUCUGAGGUUUUCCAGACCUUAGUUGCUAUUUGUUUCUUCCUCAAGGAAAGAUGUAGAGUUUGCGUUUUAGGGACAUCAACCGUGAUGAUUUCUUUCAGGGUUUUUACAUCAACGUUUGGUGUUUUAUAUGGAUAUUUCCUGUUGUUAUUAAGUUAAAACAGUUCUCAAAUGUUUGUUGUAUUGCAGAAGGCAGAAGCCAAGUAUUGAUGCUGUCAAUCCAUAAUGUGAAGUCAGUUAUUGGUCCUUUUUU